GCCAAUGCACAACGAGUCUGCGCGUGCGAUCACACACACGCGUCCGUGUCAAAAAACAUUUUUUGCGAGUGAUUUUUUUGAGUGAUUCUGUGUUGUGACUUUUUUGUUGGUGAUUUUUGAGAUAAAAUGACGCCAUCUAUGACCGUGCCGGAGUACUAUGCCGGGAAGACCCUCUUCAUAACUGGUUCUACAGGCUUCAUGGGGAAAGUCCUCAUAGAGAAGCUGCUCAGAUCCUGUCCGGAUAUAAAGAAGAUUUAUCUGCUCAUGAGACCGAAGAAAGGUCAUGGAAGUAAAGAGAGGCUGGACGGUUUCAUGAACUGCCGGGUGUUCGACAAACUCAAGAGCGAGCAUCCCGAACAGUUCAACAAACUACAGGUGGUGCCUGGAGAUAUCCUGAUGGAGGAUCUCGGUCUGAGUGCGGAGGACCGGGACACUCUGCAGAGAGAGUGCCAGGUGCUGAUGCACUGUGCUGCUUGCGUCAGAUUCGACAUGUUCAUCAGGGAUGCCGUUAACAUGAACACAGUCGGCACCAAACGGGUGCUGGAACUGGCCAGCGGCAUGAAGCAGAUUGAGGUGUUCGUCCACGUCUCAACAGCGUACUGCCGCUGCGAGGUAGAAGUAUUAGAAGAAAGACUGUACCCCGCCAAGCAUAGACCAAAACACGUCAUAGAGACAGUCAACUGGAUGGAUGACGAGCUGUUAACCCAUUUGCAGCCUAAAAUAAUCGAACCACAACCAAAUACAUACGCUUACACAAAAUCUUUGACUGAGGACCUUGUUGCGCAACACGCAGGAAAAUUCCCCAUCGUUAUUGCAAGGCCCUCUAUCGUAACUGCAGCAUACAAAGAGCCUAUGCCUGGAUGGGUGGACAACCUCAAUGGGCCCACGGGUCUGCUCGUUGGUGCUGGAAAAGGUGUGAUCCGCACGAUGCACUGCAACGAGAACUAUGCGGCGGACAUAGUGCCUGUAGACAUGGUGGUCAACGCUUGCAUACUGCUCGGCUACACCACGGCUCUGGAGAAGCCCAAAGAAGUACAGUUCUGUAACAUAGCCCAGUCCGGGAUUAACGGAUUCACAUGGGGAGAAGCUUUGGCGUUAGGCCGCAUCCACGUCAUGGAGUACCCCUUCUCAAUCUGCCUGUGGUACCCGGGCGGGGCUCCCAGCGCUUCCCGCCUCCGACACCAGGUGACGCUGUUCUUGACUCAUACGCUUCCUGCGUAUACCGUGGAUCUGUUGGCACGAGCGUUACAGCAGAAACCCUUCAUGGUGAAGAUGCAGAAACGCAUCCAGUCUGGUCUGGAAGUCCUGCAGUACUAUACCACCAAGGAGUGGCACUUCCGGAACGACAACCUGCGAGCACUCCGGACCAAAGUGACUGAGGAAGACGAUGAGACCUUCUACACUGAUCUCACUGUCAUAGACUGGAACACGUACAUCCGCGACUACAUCAAAGGCGCGCGGGAGUUCGUGAUGAAGGAAGACCCCUCCACCCUCCCCCAAGCCAGGAGGCUCAACAGACAAUUAUACUACUUGGACACGUUCACGAAGAUAUUUAUUUAUUCCAUCAUCGCGUAUUUCGUAUUCUCGUACCUGAAAGUACUUUUAGCUGUGCUCAAUUAAGUUCAUUGUAGUCUAAGUGUAGUAUACAGGGUGUCAAUUUGAAAU